CGUGAUUAAGAUGACGCGCGAGGGCGGGAAGAAGGCAGAUGGAGGGCAGGAAGUAAACAUGGAGAAUACGUCUAUAGAGGAAACCGUUGCAGAAAGUCAGUAUUGUACGGAUUUAGAUCCAGUUUCAAGAUAUAGAUACAAGGAGUUAAUUAACAGAUAUGUUGGACGUGACCCGUACCUCAUGAAGAUGAGUGAGUUUUCAGUAGAACUGAAAGAUUUACCGACAGUUGAGGCUGUUGACAUCACCAACUAUCUGGUCCUUCAGACAUCGUACUACACCAGACAGCAAAUGAAGGCCUACAAAAGUAUGGAGGCAUACAACUUUUUUGUCAACGGAUGGGUCCACAACCUCGGUGUCAAACGGCUCCACGAUGAUCAUCGUUUGGUCUUCGCCAGAGUAAACCACUCUCAGAGGUCAAGCGAAACACCUCUGAAGACCUGGAUUAUUGCGAAGGAGGUUGGAGAAGUCAUUGCAGCUCAUUGCAAUUGCAUGGCAGGACUAUCAGAAUCGUGUUCUCAUGUAGGGGCAGUUCUUUUUUCCAUUGAAGUUGGGGUAAAGAUGCGAGAUUCCGCUUCCUGCACAACAGAGCAGUGCAAGUGGCUGAUGCCAUCACAUGUAAAAAAGAUUCCUGCUGCUCCAGUAGCUCUGAUUGACUUCUCCUCAGCAAAAGCAAAAAAAAUAAAGCUUGACCGUUCCAUUGAUGGCAGGACAACUGACAACAAGUUAUGGAUGCAAACAUGAAGCACAAGCAAGAGGAGCAUAUGAGAAGCUGAUGGUUCGGGAGCAUGCAGGCUUCUCCUGUAUGGACAGUGGUCUCUGGCUGAACCCCAAGUGGCCAUACAUGGGGUCCUCCCCUGAUGGGAUUGUCGCUUGUGACUGUCACGGAACUGGCAUCUGCGAGAUUAAGUGCCCACACUCUCACCAAGAUGAAGCCAAUCUGCGCAUGUGUGCAGGGGAAAAGAGUUUCUGCCUCGUCAAUGAUGGAGAUAAUGUUAAACUGGACCGAAGUCAUGACUACUACUACCAAGUUCAGGCACAGCUUCACAUUGUAGGUGCUGAGUACUGUGACUUUGUUGUGUGGAACUGUCAUGACAUUUUUGUGGAAAGGAUUUUGCCUGAUUUUGAACUUUGGGAUGAUGUGAUUCCUAAAGUUGAGUGCUUUUUUAGAAACUGUUUACUUCCAGAAGUACUGGGACAGCAAGUUACAAACUUACAUGUGUAAAAUAUGAUGAAACAUUAUUUACUUAGUUCCAGGCACUCUUGAAAGUGGGCUGUGUGAUACAUUGCCGUUAUAUCAAUACUGUUGUAUGAGACAUGACAUUUUGAAUAUUGUUAUGAUUAAAUGCUAUUGAGAAUACAGAAUAAUACAUGGUGGUUUAUUUACAAGAUUAGAUUUUUCAACAAGUGUUAAAAUAACUACAAGAACAUGGUGUGCAAUAGUACAUUGGAAUCCAUUUCAUUACAUAUAAUAGAUAUCGCCAGUACAAUUGGAUUAUUGGAUAGAAAUAUUACAUUUGAAACAUAUUAACAAAAUGAUGUCCCUCCCUCUUGUCCUUCCCUUCCUCCUUACUCUAAUGGGACAACAGACUCACAAAGAUUAGACAAGACACAGCAAAUAACCCCAAUCUUGUCAAUCAUUGCUAGUGCCUCACCUGGUUUUGUUGCCAUGUGCUCUAUGGGCAUAGCCCUGCUUUGCAGAAUCUGAUAUUUUCUUCUGACUAAACCGAUGACUCUCUCGACAUGAAUACGCAAAUUCGCUAUUUUUCUAGUUUCUGCCACCUCAUACGCUGACAGUUGUUUUCUCCCCUUGGUAAAUGCAGGUAUCUGUAGUGAAGCACAGUAAAAUCCGACACUAUCACCAAUAUUGAACCCACGGUCUGCUAGAACAAUAUCUCCAGGUAACAGGUUUUUUAGGAGGCCACUCUCUAUUGUGAUCUGUUUAUCGCUGACUCUCCCUCCCCAGGCACAAGAUAUGUAAGUGACAUAGCCUUGGGGUGCAACACCAAGCAGAAAUUUUACAGUAUGGUGAUGCUUGUAAUUUGACCACGUUUGAGCUUGGGCUAGUAAAUUAGAGGGCUUCUCAAUAAAAACUUCAAAACAAUCAACUAUCACAGCAACUUUACAUCCAAAUGCCUGUCUGAAUGCCAUUGGCAUUGUAGCUUGAAGUACAUGCCGCUCUGGCCACUCAAUUUGAAAUUCUAACCUGUCAUGAAGUAUGUCAAUUACUUUAUGCCAAACUCUAGAAGCAGUGGGCAGAGAGAUCUUGAACCUAAAAGCUAAAUCUUUCAGCGGGAGAUUUAGUCUUAGCUUCAUCAAAACUAAGAUGAACUGUUCAAAUUUAGACAGCACAGACAUAGGACCACAUGUGAUGUAGGGUUCACACAGCUCAAAAAUCUGCA